GUGCUUGCCAUACUAUUGAAGGCUGCUGCAUCCAUACGGGGCCUACUUUACUGAGCCCAACUCCAAACUCUUGCUCGGCCCUGUUAGACUCGCAUUCCUACAUCGUUAUUUAUGUUUUUAUAGCCAUGAAUCAAUCUCACUAAAGCAGGUCCUACGAGUGCUGCAGCGGAGGAACGCGCUUUGACGGGCCUGGACUUUCUCUUAGCGCGGCUAAGGAAUGCCCGCAAGCAGCGUAGCUGACAGCGAGACGCGGAGUAUCAACAGCUUCGCGUCGUCGUUCAGCCAAAGGUCGUUCUUUGGCAAGCUAAAUAAGUACGAGCUCAAACGCCGCUUUUAUGAGAAGCUCGAUGACUUCAAGAACAAAGUGCUGCUGCACAAGGAGCAAGGGUUCGUGGUGUACCGCGCUCGCUGCGUAUACAGCGGCGGCGUGGUGGUGCUCAAGGGCUACAGCCGCGAGAGCCUCACACUGCAGACCAAGCAGCGCGUGUUCAGCGAGGUGACUCUGCUGCAGCGCGCGCAGUGCCCCUUCAUCCUCAAGUGCUUCGACUCGUUCGAGGACCAGGGCUGGUGGUGGCUGGUGCUUGAGAACUGCGCCGCCGGCGACCUGUACCGCAUCGUGCAGUCCAACGGCCCGCUGCGUGAGGAGGGCUGGCUGGUGAGCCAGGUGUUGCUGCCCAUACUGCAGACGCUGGCCUACCUGCACGCGGAGGGCGUCAUCCACCGCGACAUCAAGCCCGAGCACGUGCUGUUCAACAGCGAGAAGGUGGCCAAGCUGUCGGGCUUCUUCCUGUCCUGGGACGUCAACAGAUACAGCUACCCCAAGGACAUGGUGGGCACGCUGGACUACGUGGCUCCCGAGGUGUUUGUGCUCAACGGCCCCAACGCCAAGCAGCAGCAGGUCACACACUACGACUACAAGGUGGACAUCUGGGGCGUGGGCGUGAUGGCGUACGACGUGCUUGUGGGCCAGCCGCCUUUUAACACGGACGACCCCAACACCACGGUGGAGGCCAUCCUGCUGCGCGAGGCCGAGUACCCGGACUACCUCAGCGACGACGCCGUGGACUUCAUAGACCAGUGCCUGACCAAGGACCCCGCGCGGCGCCCCACCGCCCGCCAGCUGCUGACUCACCCCUGGGUGCGCUGCAACCUGGACUGGGAGCCUCCGGAGGACUGGGAGGACCCCAUCCCCAACGUCGACUUCUCCUACUACAGGGUGGGUGGCGGCGCGGGCGGUCACGGCGACGACGGCCUGGGCUCAGAGGACGAGGCCGAGGACGACGGGCGGCGCUGGUACAACCCGCUGACGUGGCUGCGGCGGCGCAACAGCCUGGAGGACCUGCUGGCGGACAGCGCCAAGGAGCGCGACGAGGACGGAGGGGGAGGAGCAGGAGGGCCCACCACUGGCAGGGGCGGCGCCGGCGGCGGCGCGGGUGUGGCGGCUGCCGUGCGCGGCCCCUGGCAGCUCACCAAGUCCAUCGGCAACUUUGCAAAGACGCUGCUGGGCAACAACGCACAGGUGGCGCCGGACCAGGCGGGUGGCGGCAGCGGUCGCGGCGGCGGCGGCGGAGGUGACUCAGACAACAACUUCUUCGGCAACGCCUGCGCGACCGCCAACGGCGGCGGCGGCGGCGGCGCUGACAAGGGCGGCGGCGGCAAGGGGUUUCAGAUGCUGACGGGGGCGGGUCGCAGCGCCAAGUCGAGAGAAGACCUGGCGGGGGUGCCGGAGGGUGACGAGGAAGAUCUGGAUCUGGAUCCGGAGGGCGGGCCCCACCACGACUCCGCCGCCGCGGCCGCCGCCGCCAUCGCCGCCGCCGCCGCCGCCGCGGUCGCCGCCAACGGCAUGGGUAGCCGCAACGGCUCCUUCUCCGCCGGCGGCCCGGCGGCGGCGGCGGACGUACGGCCGUACAGCCCGCCGCCGCGAGCCGUACCGCCGCUGUCGCCGCUGUCGCCUGGCGGCGCCGACGGCGGCGGCGGUUCCGCCACUAUCAUGACGUCAGCUCGGUCCAUGGAGGCCGGCGGCGGCGGCGGCGGCGGCGGCGGCGGCAGCCGCCCCGGCAGCGCCAACCCCAGCCGGCUCGGCGGCGGCGCGGGCGUGGGUUCCGGCAAGACCCUGGCGGCGGCGGCGGCGGCGGCGGCGGCGGCGGCUGACGGCGGCGGCGCACCGACCAAGGCACCCGCCUUCCUGCCGCACCCGACGGCGGCGCCGCCGCCGCCGGAGCCGCCGCUGCCCGGUGACUUGGAGCUGGACCUCCCGGGUGUGGCGGCGGCGCCACCGCCGCCGCCGCCAGAGGCAGCGCCGCGGCGCACGCCCACGCCCACCAGCGGCGCUCACGAUUCGGCUGCUAGCAGUGAGAUGCGCCGCAGCGGCUCCAACAACAGCAAGGGCAACGGCGGCGGCAGGUCCACGGGCAGCGGCACAGGCAGCGGCGCGGUCGACGUCGCGGACCUGCCCACGGAGCGCCUACACAUGCAGGAGAAGCCGGUGGCGGCGGCGGCAACGGUGGAGGUCUCUGGCGGCGGCGGCGGCGGCGGCGGCGGCAGUGGCGGCGAGCGGCCACUGCCUCACCUGAAUGAAGCAGUCAUCAAAUCCGCGGUGGUGGACGAGGCGGCGGCGGCGGCGGGGGCCGGCGGCGGGGUGCCGAAGCUGGCCCUCGCAGCAGCUUCCGCCGGAUCCGGAUCCAUCAAGGAGCGCGCUUCUGGAUCCGGAUCCGGUGCCGCCACGGAUCCCGCCAUGCACCCCGUGGUCCAGCCCGGCAGCAGCAAGACCACGCCGCGGGAGCGGGAGGAGGCGCGGCGGCUGGCUGGGGUGCAGGCGGAUGCGGUGGUGGCGGCGGCGGCGGCUGUGGCGGCCAUCCCGCCGCCGCCGCCGCCGGCCGCGCAGUAGCAGUAGCAGCUGCAGCUGCAGGUGUGCACACACGUUGCAUUCGGUUGUGUUGGUUGACAGAAGCAAGGCCGACGGACUUGCUGACCAGGUGUGUGUGUGUGUGUGUGUGUGUGUGUGUGUGUGUGUGUGUGUGUGUGUGUGUGUGUGUGUGACCGAGCACCGCUGCCACGGGAAUUACUUGAAUGGGCCGGGCCUUGCUGUCCUGUAAAUGUGAGGAACUGCGACCUGUGAGUUUGACCUGAGGACGUGUGACCUGCGGAUGGUGUUUGGUCUCUCACAUGACGGUGCGCUCCAUUCAUGUCCGCGUGCGUUGCCGCUUGUGACCACUGCCGUACCAUUGCCGUGAGAGGCGCGGCGAGGUUGAGGCGUGCUCUCUGCACAAGCGAAACCUUGAAUUGCAUUUUGAUUUCUCUUCGACGCUCCCCCUACGGCGCAGCAGACGCGCUGUCGGUCUAUUACUUGGCGAUUGGUUUUCAAUUGAAAGAAACAAACUUCAUAGUAGUCGUGAACGGAGCAUGGGGCAACGUGCCGUUACUGACGGACACAUCAUCACAGGGCACAAGGGGUGGUGGGAUGGACAUGCGAGUGGUACUUUUGCAACUUGUGUGCGCUUUGCCUUGGGAGUCGGGGGCAACUCCCAUUUCUCCAUGCGCUGAGACGACUGUGCGUGAUCUGGUGUAAUGGACCAGGACACCAGGCAAAGGAGGGAGGGUGUUGUUUGGGUGAUGAUGGUCAUAGCGGUGGCUGUUGCGAAGGAGCAACCAGGCGGGCGUUUGGGUUGCCUUGAAACAAUGAGGCGGCGUGUGAAAUACAGUAGUAUCAGGCCGCGCGAUCAGCCCGGUCGGCCAGUCGCGCUGACGCGCGCGCGUGUGUGCUUGACGAAGGUGUACGGUGCGGCACGGCACUCCACUCCACUCAUUGCGGUCAGUGGCCCUAGCUCCUGUUGCCACGGACCCAGACCGCUCAGUCCGAGUGGCCAGGCGCCCAGCGUUUCGGGCAAGCAGGAGUGAGCGCCAGGGCGCCAGGACAGCAGACUUGCAGUGCAGUUGUGGAUGAACAGCCGAUCAGCCGAGGGGCGAGGGCAACAUCAGGCAUGAUCACAACGGAUCACAACUCUGUUAUAGAUGUCCAGCGCAGUCAAAUGCAGGAUGCACGGUACAGCAUGCAGGGCCGGUGUAUUGCUAUUUGAUUGACGUAGGGCCUUUACGUGAGGGCGCAAUCCUUUGAAUCUGGGGCGGAACCAAGGGCCGUGCCGCAGUACGUGCAGGUCUGCCCGGAUGGCACGCCCCCGGAAAGUCUAAGAGACUUGAUAUCAUGGCAUACCAUGCAUAGGCUAGCUUGACGAUACACAUGUAUACGUUAAUUAAUAGUG